UUGUUUCCUCCUCCUCCACAACGAUGUAUGUCGUACGCGAGUGAGUCGCGUGUUCCUUUAGUCGCAGAACGGAUGCCGCGCGGUUCACGACGCCCCCAACUUUUGAUAGAUUGUACUGCCAUGUGUGUGCCAUGAGCGACACCUGUUGAUUAUUCUCGAAAGGGUGUGUCCGGAGGAGAAAGUCAAAAUAGCGGCCUAUCCGACACCUAUGGUGUCGUUCCCGUUCGCGGGCUUCGACUACCGAUUCCCUUAUGGCACUCUACCCUUACCUGCCGACAGUUCAGCAAGCGCUCCAGGGGCGGACCGUGCAGAUGACCUGUCCAGGACAUCGUCCACACUACCGCCAUCCUCUUCGUCGACGGCACCGUCGACGACACGUGCUUCGACGUCGGACGCGCACGUGAAGCGUCCCAUGAACGCGUUCAUGGUGUGGUCGCGCGCUCAGCGUCGAAAGAUCGCUCUGGAGAAUCCCAAGAUGCAUAACUCGGAGAUCUCCAAACGUUUGGGCAGCGAGUGGAAGCACUUGUCUGAAGGGGAGAAGCGGCCCUUCAUCGAAGAGGCCAAGAGGCUGAGGGCGUUGCACAUGAAGGAACAUCCGGACUACAAGUACAAGCCCCGCCGAAAGCCUAAAAGCGUUUUGAAGAAGGACCCUCGCUUCCCCUUCGCCUUGCCAUACCUGCCCCCGCCCACAGACUACCUGGGACUCGCUGGACUUCCCAGGUCCCUGUUCCCAAGGGUAGCCAUCCCGUUCCCUCAGCACCCUCAUCUUCCCCCACGACCUCCUAAUCCGGGGAUAUCUCCAGACGAGAAGACAGAACCUGAAGAGCGGAAGACCUCUUGUUCGCCUCCUGGUUCGACGGAGUCGCCUUUCAAGGCGUUUGUGCCAACGUCUACGUUGCCAUACCCGUCUCCUUAUUCGUCCGGUUUGUCGUACCUGAUGCCCUGCGGGUGCGGUUCGGCGUAUUCGGCGGAUCCCAACUGUCGACACGGUUCGCCCUUCCUGCUCAGUCCUUUUCUCAAGUCGAUGGAAGGGCCGACGUCUCUUCAGGCGGCCGAAGAGCAUCCCGCCACUGCUCACUUGUUUGGACUCUAUUCUUCACUGGCGAGACCGAAGCCCCAGGAUGCGAGGCUCGAGGUGUAACAGCAGCAGGAAGAGUUGUUUGGACGUCUUCUCUAGUCAACGUUAGUCGCGGCUCGCGUGCCCUUUAUUCCUAUUUAUUGGACACUUUUGGCUGCGAUUAGAGGAACUUGUGUAUAAAUACAGACGAUGUGAGUCAACGAAAGCGGAGGAAGUGCUACGUUUACUCUACAAAGUGUCUUCGGAAAUGCAGUGCUGCUAUUUGUUUCUCGGAGCUGUGUAUAUAUAUACAGUCGAGACAAGACCAGCGGUUGAAGCCGCCACUUGGCCGGAAGUUGGUCUGUUCGAUUUGGCUUCACUCGCUGCCCUAUAUAGUCUGGAAAGUUCUGCGAUGGUACCGUGCAGUGUCAGCUGACAGUUCAAGGGCAGCUGCGACAGUAGCUAUUCGAGGUCGUUUCGAAAAUGAAUACGCGAUGUCCUCUUUAUGCUCGCGCUCUUGGAUUUCAUUUCCAACUGAUUGACUUUCCUUUAAUAUAUCUUUGCAAAAAUUUGAGAGCGACCGUAGCGUCUUUUUCCUUCUUUUUUUCGCCACCGACGAGACAUCGCAUUAUCGUACGUUGAACGUAUAUAGUUGCAGACUCGCUGCACCUCCCACCCAAUAAUUGCAGACCUCCCGUGAACUCGGCCAGAACUACAUACGUGCACAGUUUUACAAAAAGAAACAAAGUGCACAGGGCGUGCAUAUCACGAUGGAAAAGAUGAUGCAAAAUCGCAGCACUGCUUCAACUGGGACAGUGAGUGCAGCCAAAUCGAAGAGGUUUAUAAUAUCGUGCAAACCACGACCUACUGUAGAUAAAGACCUCUACAUACGUACCCACGGUAUAGAGCUGCAUGGAUUGAAGGGUAAUUAUGACGGUGACCGCUAGAGGCGUUACUGUCCGUCAUUUCACUGGGGAGAAGAAACGUCGUGUAGAGUAGCAUCAUCAUGGAUACGUCAGCGGGGGGAGGAGGGGGUGUAACGUUGGGUAGACGGUUGACGCUGUUUCGGUUAGCAUGUCAUGUGAUGGCAAAUAGACGCAGAGUAGCGCCAAAUCCUUGGCGAAGCGGCAAUCUAUAUAUAUGCCGAUGGUGGCGGGGGGGGGGGGGGUUGCACGUGUCUCCAUCUACAGUAGGUCGUAGUGCAAAAGGGGGCUGACCUUCAAAUUCUCGCACAUUUUAGUGAACAUUUUAGUUUAGGUAAUAAAAAAUAAAGCAAGUUGAGCCACAGACAGGAAGUUUCUGCACAACCAAGCGGAAUUAGCGCUUUCUAUACACAGGUAGAGGAACAACAAUCUGUAGCUGCUCUGUGAUGUCAAGCAGUGUGGUGGAAACGAAGGCUUCCCGUGCCGCGUUAUAUAUUUCAGUUACAAUGUUGCGUUUUUAGGUUUGCUUUAAAAUAAUUUCGCUUUUACCGGGUGAAUUGAGUUGACGUCUUAAAGAACAGUAACCACCGAGUUUUGAGAAAGAAUGAGGAUUUUGCUGCAACGUCAUCUUGUGGCGCGUGUGAUGGUUAAGAUGGCUAAGGUCAAAGCAAAGAUGAUAAAAAACAAAAGCGCACGUGGGCGCAGGGGAGUGCUGUGUUCGCUAGCAGAUUUGCCGCGGUGAUAUCGCACAGGAUCCUCACCCUCAUCGCAUUCUGCUUCAUUGAUUAUUUUCCAGUUUUCGUACUGCGUGAAUAUUACUAAUAUAUCCGUAAUUGUCAUACUUUCAACGUUAAUCAUCUCCUAAAUAACCUAUAUGGCAACGAACGAGACACCAAAACCGAACUUCGUGGGACCUAUGCCCGCCAGAGGGAUGACGUCAUUGGUUAAACUCUCUACAGCGCCCAAUCUCAUUUCAACUUAUGCACAGUUCCAAUAGGGAGUGUUGCGUAUGUCAAUUUCUCUGUCGUUCUGUGCGUUUUGUGGGUCCCUCCUGCUAUGUACCCGUGUGCUGGGUACCGCUCCCAUUUAGGUUGCGUUCACACGCGGCAACUUUCCACUAAUCCACGCAAACUGGACACUUAGUGAUAAUCUGUCGAGUUGGUCCAACGACCAAUCACCGGCGACGACGGCACGUGACGCCUCGUUUCCGUUUCCUGCUUUCAAAGUGCGGUAUAGGUUUGUUUCUACAUACGUCCUCAAACAGUUUAAAAACGGGCUUGAAAUGACGAACCACUAUAUGAAGAACGAACAUGACAAAGUAAUUCAAAGUAAUUCCAGGAGGCAGGUCCAGAUUGGUCACAGAUGGGAACGACAUGUUGGUCCUCGUGCGGAGUUUGAAGGUCGGAUCUCUAUCACUUCGGGGUGUUACUUUGACUGCAGUGUAUAGUGGGACGUAAGUGGAAUAAAAUGCUGUCGAAACGUUUUCUCCGUA